UUCAGGUUUAUUAUUGUAAUGUACAUUUAGCUAAUCGCUAUGUUUAUUCUAUACCUUUCACUAAUUUUCACGCCUGCUAACCCGACACUCGCCGCCUUCGUAGGAUUCAGUCCUCCUGAUCCUAAAGAUUCAGCGGAUAGCUACAAAAACUUGUACAAUGACCUUGGAGGUCAACUAGGUUCUCUUAACGAACCAACUGACGAAUAUCACAUAGAACUAAGAGUCCCAGAUUUGAAAGUAGCUGAAAAUGCAGCGUCAGUAUGUGUUGUGCAAAGUUUUUUGAACAUAAGAGAUAUUGAGAACAUAAUCAAGAUACAGCCAAUCGUCAACGACAACAGUCGUGUAAUUCGUAUGAUGGUCAUUGGGUGCUCUAAACCGUAUCAAAAGACAGGCUAUUGGGACUGCCUAAAAGCGGAAACUCUGUGUCAAGACGACCCCCAAAUUGUGUACAGCUGGGGCCCGAACGCUCCUGACGUUCCCUUACCGCCAGGAGUUGGAUUCGAAAUCGGAUCCAAGUCGCUGUUGAAAUACCUGGUACUCGAAGUUGAUUACGAAGGUUCCGUCAGUUCUCGCGAUGUAGGAUUUGUCCCAUCGUCAUUCACUGAUCAGUCAGGAUUCGCACUGACCAUAUCUAGAGAGCCUAUGCACUUCAAAGCGGGAUCAUACGUUUUUAUUGGAACCGGAAUGUCAACCGAUGAAAUUGACGUCGCGUGCACGUUUUCACAUGAGAACGCAAUUUUUCCAUUUGGUUUUGCGAUGAUCGGCGAUGAUACAAUUGACACAAUAUCUGCAUUUAGAGUGCAAAAUGCACAAGGGGUGUUAGACUGGGAUCCCAUUGCUAGAGGCAAUCCAGGUUGGCCCCAAGUGUUCUAUCCCAUGGAACACGUGUUCAAAAUCAACAAUGGAGACAUGUUGGCUAUCAGGUGUUCGAGGAACUACAACUACUUCAUGCAGAACUCGGCAACUGAUGGCGAAUACACUCGAGACGAAAGCCAGUGUUCGCUGACAUUCCUAUUUUUCACCCUGGUCGAGAACAAGAACACUUUCCUUCUAUGCACCCAACCAGGCCACCCAAACCUAUUCUCGUCCAUUCCUCGAGACUACAACCAGCUGAUAGCGGAGAAGACGAACAUAUUGGUGGAGAACUCCUAUUCGAAGGAUGUUCUGAGGUUUGAGAAGUUGAUUCAGAAUCAGAAGGAAGAGCUGCAGAAAGUCGGACACGUUGAUAAAGAUGCAGGUCUCCAGUUGGGUGACGAGAAAGAUAGUGACCGGAACGACAACAAAAUCAUCUCACACAUCGACACUCCCGACGCCUCAGCUGCAAAAGAGAUCAAAGGCGUCAUAUUUGACAACCACUGGCCCGCAAACGUCGAAGGCGCCUACAAUCCGGAAGACUACGGCGAAAUCACAGGAGUUGCAACGUUGAAGAACGGAACCGUUUUGUUUGUCCAUAGAGCAGAUAGAAGCCACACUGCUGAUUCCUUUGACGAUUACAACUUCUUCCAGGGGAGACGCCAGACCAUUAAAGAGGACGUGGUGGUGAUGUUGGAUUCUGCGAGUGGGGUAGUGUUGAAUAAGUUUGGAGGUGGACUGUUAGUGUUGCCGCAUGGACUGUACGUGGAUCAUGAGGACUAUAUUUAUGUGACCGACAUUGCAAAGCAUCAAGUUGUGAAGUUCUCAUUGAUCAACCUGCGUCAACCCAUGCAGUUCAUAGGCACCCCUAGAGAGCCUGGAUCGGACGCCUCUCACUUCUGUCAGCCGACAGAUGUGGCAGUGUCCACUAAGAGGGGAUUCAUCUUUGUGGCCGACGGGUACUGCAAUUCGAGGGUGGUAAAGUUGGACAGCAAUGGGAAGUUCAAAGAGCAGUUUAGUCUCAAUGACGAAGAACACACUGGCAUCAAUGACAACGUGGAGGCAAGUAGUAUCACAGUAGCAGACUCCCUCUCGCUAGUGUGUGCUGCCAGCUACUCCCAUGGACUAGUGCACUGCUUCAACAUGGACUCGGGGGAGAGCACCCGAGUGAUACACUCUCCGUCCGUGUUCGGAACUCACUUGUCAGCUGUCAUCUACAGCGAGGCAGGCAGUCUCUUCUACAUCCUCGCCGCUCCAUCAUCUCCCAAUAUCAAGACGCAAGCAUUUUCCGUGGAUAUCACUACUGAGCAAGCCAUGCAGUCCUUCUCGCCGGGAAAAGAGACAGGCUUUGUGUCUAUGACUCACGACAUUGUGGCAUCACCUGAGAACCAAUACGUCUAUGUUUGUGACAGGAGCGAACGAAAACUGUACAAGUUCAUUCAAAUGGAGAAAUCAUUCCUCGCACGCGGGGUAUCCCAAGGAAAGUCCUCGAAACUGGUCGGAGAUGGGAGUGGAAAAGGUUUCGGCGGGAAGUUUGACGACAGCUUCUACUCGUCGUUGGCGAUUUUGCUGUUGAUUGCGAUUCCACUGACUAUUGUAGUCACUGCGACGAUAGUUUCGAGGUCAAGGGCCAAAAGUCAUCCCAUGUCCGAUCACAGGAAGUUCGUCUCGUGGUCAUCAAAGAAGGGUUACGACAAAGCGACUCUGAGUGAUAAAAAGAAGAAGCACUCGAAUGGAGCGGGGGGAAGUGGAAGCAGUAAUGGGUUGGUCAAUGGAGUUACAGGCAUGUUAGGGGGAGGCAAAAGGGGGUUCCAUCGGCUGCCGAGUGUCGACUCGGAUCGUGAGGCAGACCGAUUGACUGACUCGGAAACGGAAGAGUUCACCAGUCAGCAGGUUAUGUAAAAACUAUUACGCAAUGGUUGGGGAUUACGUCACUCUCUACAUUCAUUCACUACUUUAAAUUUAUUGUCUAAAAUAACAAGCUACUUAAUUUAUCUUUUUGCUUCUAAAUUUGAAGUAAAGUUAGUUUAGAAAUGACUUUCAAAAUUGUUUAUUAAAUAAGAUUAUUUAUUGAAUGAAGAAUAUAAAUUCUAUCGUAACAGUCGGCGCUUUUUCUAUCAAAUUGACAAUUAUGGGUAAGUUUAUUUUACAAAUUUAAUUUAUCAGUCAUUAGUAGAGCAAUUUCGACUUAACAUGGUGUUAAUUUUGUAUAUUUCAGUCCAAGUUCUGCUUGAAAAAAGGAGAAAAAUCGAGUUCGAAAUUUUAUGCAGUGUAAUUUCCGUUAGCAAACUCAUUUAUUGACCGUGGAAGUACUAUGUUAGACUUUAGUGCGUUCAAUCAAUUUGUCUUUUUAGUUUAAUUUGUAAAUAUUUGAUUUUCAUUGUGUAUAGAUGACGUUGCUUUUUUGUGCAAUAUAUUUCAAUUUAACCUUUCAUUCACUAAGUUGCAUGUAGUUAGUUGAAUAGAAAUAUUGUUUUCAUGUUGGGCCGAGGGUGAAAUUUUUGUACGCAUGUGCUGUUUUGCAAUUUGGUGUUGACUCAACUACAGGUGAAUAUAUUUUAUUCAGUCAAUCUGAGUAUCCGAGAGCAGUUAAUGGACAAGGAAGAUGUUACUAAUUUGCAUACAGAUUACUGGUGCUUUUCCAAUUCGAAUGUGUCAAAUUGUUGAUUGUGUCAAAAAAUUUGAAAAAAAUGAAUUGGAGAUUUGAAGUGGAUAUGAUUUAGUAUAACAAGUAUUAAUUGGCUGCUGGCUUUGAUUAGAUGUUUUGGCUAGAAUGUCGAUCGAAGUAAAUGAUUAUUAAAAUUUGACUUAUACCAUGCGUCGUUCGUUACCAUAUUUCAUGCUACAAAUAAUAAAAAAAAACUUCUAUAUUAGAAAACGUAAUUUCUUUCAUCCUUCUCAGAUGAAAAAAUAGUGAUAAGUUGACGAUAAAAAUUGUGCUUUGAUGAUUUAUAGAUGCAGGCGUAGAAAUCAGAAGUUGAGGAAUGGCGCAUUUGACUGCAAUCAGUUAUCACCUUGAAGCUACUAGCUCUUUUAAUUUCCGAAAAUAUGA